AUGCCAGCGACCUCUGUCUCGGCGCUCUUCACUUCAAUGAGGGGUCUCAACUACUUGUCCGCCAAUCUCGUGCCGCUCAUAGAGGGGCAGGGCACCGGAAUCCGAACGGUGCAAGAUUUCGACGUUGGAGAGCUUCUUCAGAAUGUCGCGGACCAGCUCAGUGGCGAGGCUGCGCAAGCUGAGGUCGACUUGGUGCUUUUCCACGGGGACGUGGGUAUGAAGCAUGUCAGCGUCACUGGCGACCGCGAGGGCAUAGGAUAUACAAUCGGACACGUGCUUCUUGUGGCUGGCAAGAACGACACAAUCGAGUUUGGGCUUCAGAUCAUCCCACAGGAUGGUGAACGACGGGUUUCAUUACCUGUGGUGGCCGCUGACUUUGAAGACUACCGCCGACAACAGUCGUCACCAUUGGACAGCUCCACUAGCACCCGUGAGACGAUACAAUGCGUCUUUGAGAUUGUGCACAAUGUUUCGAUGACGGCCGAGGCAAACGCCGUCACGCCGAAAGCGGAACUCAACCCUUUUUCGGCCUUGGCCGAGCAACGGGAGGCUUCGACUCCAAAGCUGGACACGCUUCUCUGCCAUCGGUUGCUCCGACAGAUCAACGGUCGGCUGAGGUCGAACACUGUCCCGUCCUCUCCAACCGGGUUCGGGCAUCUGAGAUACGCGUACGAGCUCUCCGUUGAACUACCCAGAGGACGACCUAUCACUGAACCCGCGCCUCUUUCUGCCGAGGAAGAGCUCAACCGUCAACCGUACCGAGACCUUGUUCUUCCUCGGGAACCAACGCUUGUGGAACUGGCAGACUUUGCAGAGACGCUCCGCGGCCGACGGGUGCAUCUCCACGCCAGUCUAACUAGUAUAUUCGCUCAGCACCUGACAAGCUAUUUGGCAGCCUGGGGACUCGACGUUUCGCACAUUUCGGUCGAGGACGAGGCAUCUAUCGAUGAGAACCAGGGCCUGCCCAAGUUCAUCAUCAUCGAUGAGGAUCUUGGGGUUCUCCGGCGAGAGCUCCUGCGCGUACGGUCCGACUCGCAUCCUCAUCCGUUCAGACAGCGAUCCAUGAAGCGCCCGGCACUCAUCCGCAGCGUCCGGUCGUCGACUAGCAUUUGUCCUCCUUCGCUGUCGGUUAUCAUCCACUUCACAAGCAUCGACAAGUACCAUCAAGUCCGCGACGUUGUUGCCACUCAUGGAUUCUCUUCCCAACCCGAAGUCAUCGUCAUUCCGAAACCAGUUGGACCGAGGCGUUUCCUGACGGCGCUCUUCACUGCUGUCAAACAGCCUCUCGUCGACCCUGCUUUCUCACCGAUAGCCACCAGCCCGCGCUCUCCCCACAUCAUGGCUGGUGCCCGCACGCCAACGGCAGGCCCAGUGGAUGGGUUCUUCGAUGCGGUCGAUGCCAUGCACCCAGAUCUAACUCCGCAAAUGGGUCGUUCACCGCGAGGCGAGUUCCCUCCACAGAACAGCACUCGUCCCGAAGAGUCCUCGCGGCUCGCUAUUCCCACCCCAAAUGAUCUUAUUUCGAAGCCGGCCUCCGAGUAUUUUUCUCGUUCUACGAGCGGCAGCAGCAAAUCGGCGUCUGGCGCUUCAGGCGUCAUCAUGCAGAGCCCCGAUGGCCGGCCCUACGGGAUGUUCUUUGAGCCACCCCCAUCCAGUCAUCCCCCAGCUCAGCGGACGGAAGAGUCGGACGAGGUAGCGGAGCGACCGACUGCGAGUGGGCCAGUCCUGAGCACUGUGCCGCCGUCCCCACUGGACUCUCCUACUGGAGGAGAGAGACGACCGUCGACCAUGUCUUCAUUGAGCGGUACAACGGACGAGUCGCCGUCUUUAGCAGAAGUUGAGCGUCCGAGUACAAGCGGACGACGCAGAACGUUACCAGUGCUGCCUGGCACUCGGCCGAUCGUUGCGCAGGGCAGGAGUCGAUCGUCGACAAUCACGCGUCGGUACACCAACAAGUCAUCCAAGAAGCUGCCAGAGAUUGACGAGUCGAUCCCUCGGCAACCAAAACCGUUCGAUGUUGUGGUUCCCCCCAUCAAUGUGCUCAUCGUGGAAGAAUAUCUUGAGCAUGUUCUUCCGGAAGAAGAAGAUCAAACAUCAGACGGCGAAGGACGGUCUCGAGGCCGUGGAGAAGUGGCGCACGGGAAGCUUCCAUUUGAUCCUGUGAUGGACGGUAUCGCAGCCACCAAGGAGAUUCGAAAGAUGGAAAAGCACAACAAGAUUGGUGUGUUCCCCAGCACGCCCAUGAGCGAGAGUUCUCGCCCUGUCGAAGCUGUGCCCGCAGCGUCUCCUUUCCGGUCUGCCGUCAUCAUUGUGGCUCUGACAGCUUCGUCCUUGCAAACGGAUCGUGUCAACGCUCUAGCGGCUGGGUGCAACGAUUUCCUUACAAAGCCCGUUUCACUCAAAUGGUUGGAGAAGAAGACUGUCGAGUGGGGGUGCAUGCAGGCCCUCAUCGACUUUGACGGCUGGAGGCGAUCCAAGGCUCCCGAUCGCGCCGAGAUGAAGUUGGGGUUCGAUAUUGCCCCGAAAGCGGCAGCUCGCGACGUUGCGAACCGUUUGCACAUCCAACGCGACAAGGUCCGACCCAAGCCAGGCCCAUCUCCGGCCCAGACCCCGAAUGAAACGACGCCCGCAGAAACGCCCUCGCGGACGUCCCCAGUAUUGAGCACACCUCCACCGCCGCCUGCCAAGGCGGCUCACGAACGCCCUGUCAUUCCCAAUUCCUCGUCAUCUACCGAAAAGCCUUUACCUGCCCUUCCCACAGAGUAA